CAACAAGUCCGUGUUUACUCACGACCAAAAUGGCCGCACUUUGAGAGAGUUCCCGGGACACUUCAAACAAAUUUGCUUGUUGUCAUGCUCAUUGACACGUGAGUGUCGUGGAAGGAUUUCAUAAUGAUGAAGACAGCGAUGGAGAGGGUAGGAAUCGUGGGAGCCGGGAUGACGGGGGCUACAGUGGCGUCAUUACUGAGAUCGGAGUGUGCCGAAAGCAAGUUGGUGGUCCUGGAUAAAGGCAGGGGUGUCGGAGGACGGAUGUCAACAAGUCGCAGUGUUAAAGCAAACAGUUUCCCAGUGGACUUAGGAGCCCAGUACAUAUCAAUCACAGAAACAUACAAAGAAAAACAUCGCAGAUUUCAUGAGGAAUUAAUUUCAGCAGGAAUUCUAACUCCUCUUAGGAGUGAAAUUGAGGGCAAUAGGAGUCGAGAUCCAUCCGUUUCUCACCAUGUGGCACCCCAGGGAGUCAGCUCCAUUGUCAAACACUUCCUGAAUCAGUCAGAAGCAGAACUGCAUACCUGUGAGCAGGUUACACAGGUCAAUGUGACAGGUAACACAGUAGAGGUGGUCAGUGAGGGAGGGAACACCUACCAGUGUGGCUCUCUGGUUCUGACCAUGCCUGUCCCCCAGAUUCUCCAACUUAAGGGGACGAUAGCGGACAUUAUAGAUUCCAGGCCAGAUGUCAAGAAGAAACUAGAAAUGGUUUCGUACUCCUCUCGAUUCGCUGUGGGGCUGUUUUAUAACCAAGGCACAAAGAUUGGCUACACCUGGGGAGGGAAGUAUAUCCCAGAAGACUCCUGUAUUAGAUUUGUGGCAAUUGAAAACAUAAAACGAAAUCUAAACAAUCCAAAGCUUGGCCCCUCUGUGGUUGUACACACGAAUGUUCCCUUUGGGAUGGAACACUUGGAACAGGACAAAAAUAUCAUGGUUCCCACAAUCCUUCAGCAUCUUCGAGAUGUGCUUCCCGAGCUUCCUGAGCCCGAUGAGAUCAAAGGCCAUAAAUGGAGAUUUUCACAGGUGCACAAAGCGUAUGAAGACAGUCCUGGCUGUGUGGUACUGAAUGAGAAUCCAUUGAUCCUAUUGGCUGGUGACGCGUUCAGUCAUUCUACGAUGGAUGGCUGCAUCCAAUCAGCUAUCUCCACAAAGGAAGCUCUGUUAAAAGUCCAUUCUACAAAGUCUAAUAUUUAGACUGAGGUUUACCAAUUGAUAGAGUGUAUUUUUUUUGUAUGUGUUUAUCAGCUAGAAAUAUUUAUUGUCUGAUGAUGACUGGUUUGAUUUUGAAAGGUCAUUUUAUUAUACCGGUAAUAUUAGAAUAUGAAUGACUAAUGUAUACAGGGUUAUUUUUGCCCAUUUUUUUUUUUGCCCUUCAACACUAGUAAAUGGUUUCGCUAUGUCUUGAAUUUGCCCAGACACUGUUGAUUGAUAUAUAUUCUUUUUAACUGACACAAUAAUUAUAAAAUUGUUUUGAAUUUGCCCAGUUUAAAAUUUGCCAGCUGACGAGAUUAAAGGGUAAAAUAUAUAGUGGGCAAAUAUUUUCCCUGUAUACAGUCUUAUUUUGCAACAACAAAGUGAUAUAGACUAUUUUGAAACAAUGCACCAGUACACAUGCAAGGCUUUAUUAAGAAAAUUAAUCAGAACUGAAUGAUUAUGUACAGUAUUUAUUUCAUUGACUGGUACAAGUAUAAGAAAUUUCCACUGAAUAACAUAUCAACUUCUUGUGAUGUUUUUUCCCCCCAAUUGUAUGUGAUAUAUUUUUUAGUUUUCAGAUUUUGUUUUACACUGAACUAAAAUAGAGGGGGUUUAAAAGUCAGUUGAUUCUGAUAUCUCUGCACUGUUUAUACUAGUACAUGUACAUUACUUAUUUGUUCAGAUGUGAUGCUGGGACCUGACACAGAAAUAUUUCAACAACAAUCAUUAUGUGUAUGUUGAUGAACAGAUAUUUAUACCAGAAAUUUAAGAAUUUUAUUUUAAGGAAUUUUUCUAUUAUGUCUAACUAAUAUUUUGUGGUAAUCCUACCAACUGGAUUGGCAUUAAUAUUGAUUACCAGAGAUAUACACGUAUACAUACUGGUAAUGUAAAUUUGAACACUUUAUUUCUCGUAAACUGCUUUGACAUUUGAAAAAAGAGAAGAUAUUAACUGUUCCAUCCACGGAUAUAUGAAUGAAUUUUGAGUAGAUAUUAAAUUUGUUUUUUAUAAUUUCAUAUUCUGUCUUAAGCUGCUGAAACUCAAUUAAUCAGUUCAUAGCCCCAAGAUGUAUUGUGAUGUUGAUGUGUUAUAGGUCAUAUAUAUUUCUAGCAAAUUGGGAAACUUGUUACAUGUACAUGUACUACCAGAGAUUAAUUAUUCGAAAUCAAACAUGAAUCUAUUCCCUUGAACAUUCCUUAUUCGGUGGAUCCAUGUGACCAAUGUUUUAUAGGUUGCUGUGAGUUUUUGUUGCUUUUUGAAGCUAAUGUUGCUUUUUCAAAUAUUUUGGUUGCAACUAUAUAGCCAAUAUUUUAUGGCUAAUGAUUUUCUCAGGAAGAGUUUUUUCUUUUCUCCACAAUGAGAAGAUUUUCACUAAGUAAUUUCAUAAUUAUAUUUUGUUAUAUGGUACUUUUUUCUUCUUAGAUAUAAAGUGUUCAAUUGAAAAUAUAUACGUUGACUUUAUUUAUAUUCUAGCUCCAAAAAUAGCCUGGUAAUGUACCUGAAUUUUUGGGAAUAAACAGGUUUAAAUGUCAAUAAACAAGGAAUAAUAUAUCAAGGUAAAUUAUAUCAAACCAAGGAACAUCUCGUGUGUCCUUGCACUAGAUUAUUUCAAGCUGCAGAUUUAUUUUCCCGUCGAUGAGUGUAGACUGAGAUAAAGAUGGUUCAUUUUAUAGAAAUAUUUGUUACUUAUUUUUUUAAUAAUGAUCAUAAAGUUGUUCACAUUUAUUAGAUGCAAUCUUUGUUAUUGAUGCACAAGAGCUAAUGAUGCAUGAUGCUUAAAGGUGUGAAAAGAAAAUAAUGGUGUGUUAAUUUAAUAAAAAUGCCUAAAGAUUUA